GCGGAGAGCCACCGGCCUCUACGGCGAUACAAGAGGAGAUGGGUUGUCACCACCUUGGAGCUGCAGGAGGAAGACACCGGACCCUUUCCCAAAUUAGUUGGAGAGCUGUUCAACAAUAUGUCAGUUAACAUGGCACUGAUGUAUUUAAUCAGUGGACCAGGUGUGGAUAGAUAUCCGGAGAUUGGCUUGUUUUCUAUAGAAGAUCACGAGAAUGGAAAAGUCUAUGUUCACCGCCCUGUUGACCGAGAGACAACGCCAUCUUUUACGGUUUACUUCGAUGUUGUGAACCGUUUGACAGGAGAGUACGUGGACAACUCCUUGAUCUUCAACAUCAGGAUCACUGAUGUGAAUGACCAUGCGCCCCAGUUCCCCGAGAAUGAAUUCAAUGUCAGUGUGAGAGAGAGCCACGCAGCAGGUCAGCCUGUUCUUCAGCUGUUAACGGUUGAUUUGGAUGAAGAAAAUACUCCAAAUUCUCGAGUCCUUUACUUCCUCGUUUCACAAAAGCCGUUACUGAAGGAAAGUGGCUUCGAGAUUGACCGUGAUAGUGGAGAAAUCCGACUCUUGGGAUGCUUAGAUUAUGAGACUGCUCCUCGGUUUACACUACUAAUCAGAGCGAGGGACUGCGGGGAGCCACCGCUGUCGGCCACGGCCACGGUUCACAUCAGCGUGCAGGAAGGCAACAACCACAGGCCCACGUUCAUCCAGGAGAAC